AUGGCUGAAGGAGGGAGGCGCCCUGCUGCGCCAGACGGAGGAUGGGGCUGGAUGAUCGUUGCUGGCUGCUUCCUCACCACCAUCUGCACCCGUGCGGUCACCAGGUGUGUGUCCAUCUUCUUUGUGGAGUUUCACAUGCACUUCUCCAGCGAUUAUUCCAGAACAGCGUGGAUUCACUCUCUGGUGGACUGCACCACCAUGCUGUGUGCUCCUCUGGGCAGUUACAUAGGGAACCAUUUGUCGUGCAGAGCGGCAGUGAUGGUUGGAGGAUUGCUGUCCUCUGUUGGGCUCAUUCUCAGCUCUUUCGCCACCAGUCUGGAGUACCUCUACCUGUCUCUGGGCGUUCUCACAGGUGUGGGCUUUGCCUUCUGUUACACCCCUGUGGUCGCCAUGGUGGGCACCUACUUCAAAGCGAGGAAAGCUCUAGCUUAUGGGAUUGCCAUGUCGGGCACCGGCAUUGGGACCUUCAUCCUCGCGCCUGUGGUGCAGCUCCUCAUUGAGCUCUAUUCCUGGAGGGGGGCGCUCCUCAUUCUAGGGGGUCUUGUCUCACAUUUAUGCGUCUGUGGGGCCCUUAUGAGGCCCCUUGUCAACCCCCGGCUGAAGCAGAGCAGCAAGAGGGAGUUUGAGGUUGAGGUUGAGCUGGUAACAUCUAAAUUGCACGUGGAAUUGAACCUGGAAAAAGCUGGAGCUCCAAAAGAGAAUUCGGGAAUAUCCGAAGAAAAGGAAGGUCAUUUCUUCCCGCCGUCCACAGACGAGUGCCGCUUCCUGCUAAUGCCUGACUUUCUGCUCCUGUCCGUGUCGUUCCUGUUCCUGGCGUUCGGCUGCAGCGUGCCGUUUGUUUACCUCGUGCCAUAUUCUCUCAGCGUCGGCAUCAGUCAUCAGCAGGCAGCCCUCCUCAUGUCCGUGCUGGGAGUGAUGGGAAUUGUGGGCAACAUCACGUUUGGCUGGAUCUCCGAUAGAAAGUGUUUGAGGACGUAUCGAAUAGUGAGUUACUUGCUGGCCAUCGUGCUUGAAGGGCUGGCUUGCCUCUUUGUGCCCCUGUUGAGGAACUUUUCACUGCUAGUGGCCUUUGCCCUUUUCUACGGCUACUUUGACGGUGCCUAUGUGGCACUCCUCCCUGUGGUGACCUCUGAUACUGUAGGCCCCACCUACCUCUCCUCAGCCCUGGGCGUGGUCUUCUUCCUGCAUGCCAUUCCCUACCUCAUCAGCCCACCAAUAGCAGGUUGGUUGGUGGAUCAGACGGGCUCCUACACAGCUGCUUUCCUCCUGAGUGGAUUCUCAUUAAUCUGCAGUGCUUCGAUUCUGGCCACUGUCAGUUUGGCUCGACGCUGCAAUAGAAGGCCCUCUCAGUCUUACCUGGGAUGA